AUGUCUGGCAUGACGAUGAACAUGUUUAAGGUUGAGUCGGACUACAUUAACUGCACCAUCAGCCAUGAGAUCCACCAGUACCUGUUCUCUGGAGCCUACAUCCUGGUCCUUCUGAUCGGCGUGCCCACCAACGCCUUCUCCCUCUACCACGCCUGGCUGCAGCUGAGAGCCAAGAACGAGCUGGGGGUCUACCUGCUCAACCUGACCAUGUCGGACCUCCUCUACCUGGCCUCGUUGCCUCUCUGGCUGCAGUACAUCUUCCAGGGAGAUGACUGGAGCCAAACGGAGUGGCUGUGCCAACUGUGUGGCUUCCUGCUCUAUGAAAACAUCUAUAUUAGUAUAGGGUUCUUAUGUUGUAUCUCUAUAGACCGUUACCUGGCUGUGGUGUACCCGUUCCACUUCACAGCAUUCCGGAGCAUGCGGGCAGCUACAUUGGCCAGUGCGUUCAUCUGGCUGAAAGAGAUUGCCGUGGGCGUGGUCUUUUUCAGACACAAGGAACUAAGCACUGACCGCACCAACCAAUCGAUUUGCUUUGAGCACUACCCCAUGCAACCGUGGGAGUACCCAAUUAACUACUACCGUUUCUCUGUUGGCUUCCUGUUCCCCCUGGGCAUCUUGUCCGUGUCGUAUUUCAGAGUCCUGCGGGCAGUCAGGAAAAGCACUGGCACUCAGAGCGCCCAGAAGACCCGUAUCAAGCACCUGGUGACCAGCACCAUUGUCAUCUUCCUGGUAUGUUUCUCUCCGUACCACGUGUUCCUGCUGCUGCGUACUGUCUUUGAGAGGGACUGCCCCUUCAUCAUCAGUAUCUUCAACUACUAUCACUUCUCCCUGCUGCUCACUAGCUUCAACUGUGUGGCCGACCCGGCGCUGUACUGCUUCGUCAGUGAGAGCGCCCAGCAGGGGAUCCAGCAGGCCCAGGAGGCCUGUACCCAGGCCCUCUGCUGCAGCUGCCACAGGGGACAGCACAGCCCUGUUACCGCCACCACCACGGGGACAGACUCCAACGAGAAUGGGACAACAACCGUCACACCGCUGACACAGAACCAGACGAUCUAG